GCUUCCUGCUGAGCGACAGCCGCCAGUAAAUCAGCUCUCUUCCUGAACGCAGCGCACUGUAAAACUGAAACCUCUGACAGAAGCAGGCGCACAUGCUGGCAGGGAGUGACGGGGAAACGGCGCUCUGACACCUAGGAUCAUCUGAAGAGCAGCACAGCCAGCUUUCUGAAGGAGCCCCCCGGACCGUGACCUCUGACCCUGAGCCAGAAGCAGAAUGAGCCAGUGGAAGCAGGUCCAGCAGCUGGAGAUGAGGCUCCUGGAGCAGGUGGACUACCUGUACGAUGACAACUUCCCCAUGGACAUCCGGCAGGGCCUGGCCGGCUGGAUCGAGUCCCAGGACUGGGAUUCUGCGGUCAACGACGAGGCGAUGGCUUCGGUUCUGUUCACCAACCUGCAGACGCAGCUGGAGAAGGUCCGAUCUCAAGAGCAGAACUUCCUGCAAAGACACAACAUGAAAAUCAUUCAGCAGCAGCUGCAGAGGAAAUACACCACCAACCCCACAGGAAUGGCCCGAGUCAUCUCCACCUGCCUGCGGGAGGAGCGGCGGAUCCUGGCCACCACCUGCACACAGGAGCAGGGCGCGCUGGAGCAGUCGCUGCAGAACUCUGUGGCCUUCGAGAGGCAGAAGAACAUGGACAACCGAGUGAGCAUCAUCAGAAACAGCGUCCAGCUGAUGGACCAGGCGGUGAAAAACAUCGAGGACAUGCAGGACGAUUUCGAUUUCUGCUACAAGACGCUUCAGUCACGAGAAUCGGCAGACAGAACGUCAGAGAUGAUCAAACAGGGAAUCACUCGACUGCAGGAAAUGCUCAACAGGCUGGACUUCAAACGGAAGGAGAUCCUGUCAAAAAUGGACGUAGUGAUCAAAGAGAUCGACGACCUCAUGACCUCUCAGCUGCGACCGGAGCUGCAGGACUGGAAACGCCGGCAGCAGAUCGCCGCCAUCGGUGGGCCUCUGCUGACGGGGCUGGAGCAGCUGCAGAGCUGGUUCACUCUGACAGCACAGAGCCUCUUCCAGAUCAAACGGCAGCUGGACAAACUGGGAGAACUGGUGGUGAAGGUGACGUAUGAGAGCGACCCCAUCCCGCUGCAGAAGCCUCAGAUGGAGGAACGAGUCAAAUACCUGAUCUACCACCUGAUCAAGAGCUCCUUUGUGGUGGAGAAGCAGCCCUGCAUGCCCACUCACCCACAGAAACCUCUGAUCAUCAAGACCGGAGUCCAGUUCACCACCAAAGUCCGACUUUUGGUCAAACUUCCUGAAGUGGAUUAUCAGCUAAAAGUGAAAACAACAUUUGAUAAGGAUCUUCCGGCCGGCAGAGUAAGUCGACAGUUCUUCAUCCUCACCAACAACACUAAAGUGAUGGACAUCGAGGAUUACUCCAACGGCUGCCUCUCCGUCGAGUUCAGACACCUGCAGCUGAAAGAGAAGAAGUACAGCAACGGCACCAAGGGCAACGAGGGCCUGCUCUCUGUGACGGAGGAGCUUCACUCGCUGAGCUUCGAGGCCUGCUUCACCGUGCAGGGCCUCGCCAUCGACCUGGAGACGUGUUCGCUGCCGCUGGUGGUGAUCUCCAACGUGAGCCAGCUGCCGGGCGGCUGGGCCUCUGUCAUGUGGUACAACCUGCUGACCGACGAGCCGCGGAACCUGGGCUUUUUCGGGAACCCGCCCCGCGCCAGCUGGAGCCAGCUGUCUGAGGUUCUCAGCUGGCAGUUCUCCACCUUCGCCGGCCGCGGCCUCAACAAGGAGCAGCUGGACAUGCUGGGCGAAAAGCUGCUGGGUCAGCACGCCUCAUGUGGGGAUUACCAAGUCUCCUGGUCCAAGUUUGCUAAGGAGAACAUUCCUGGAAAGCCUUUCAGUUUCUGGAUGUGGCUGGAUUCCAUCCUGGAGCUCAUCAAGAAGCACCUGCUGCCGGUCUGGAACGAGAACUUCAUCAUGGGCUUUGUGAGCAAAGAGAUGGAGCGCGCUCUGCUGAAGGACCGCGAGCCCGGCACCUUCCUGCUGCGCUUCAGCGAGAGUCACCUGGGAGGAAUCACCUUCACCUGGGUGGAGCACAGCGACAGCGGGGACGUAAAGUUCAACUCUGUGGAGCCAUACACCAAGAACCGGCUGAGCGCGCUCCCGUUCGCUGACAUUAUACGCGACUACAAGGUGAUCUCAAACGGCGGCGUUCCGGAAAACCCGCUCAAGUUCCUGUAUCCCGACAUUCCCAAAGACGAGGCCUUCGGACGGCUCUACAACAGCCAGCCCAGCAAAGUCUAUCCGUACAUCCCAUCAACUCUGAUCCCCAUCUCCGAGCUGCGAUCAGAAGCCAGCUCCACGCCGCGCUCCUGCCCGUCUCCAGAGCCGCCCAUGACGCCCGGAGAGUUUGACAUGCUCAGUGAGCACCUGUGCUUCGACAUCGACACCAUGAGCUCUCCGUACUCAGAGUGAAUCCUCGAUGUUUCUUCACCUCUUCAAACAUAAAUAUUAUAAAUAUUUCAUGUUCUUAGGGACCAAAAACAUCUUUAAUGUUUUUAUUUAAUGUUGUAAUUUGAGCUCCAAUAUGCUGAAGUUCUUUGUAAAAAGUUUUUCUAAAUAAAUUUCCUCCUUCAUAUCA